CGCCAUGCGGGCGUCGCUGCUGCUGUCGGUCCUGCGGCCCGCGGGGCCCGUGGCCGUGGGCAUCUCGCUGGGCUUCACUCUGAGCCUACUCAGCGUCACCUGGGUGGAGGAGCCGUGCGGCCCAGGGCCACCCCAGCCCGGAGACUCUGAGCUGCCUCUGCGCGGCAACACCAACGCCGCGCGCCGGCCCAACUCCGUGCAAGCUGGCGCAGAGCGCGAGAGGCCCGGGCCCGGCGCCGGGGAGAACUGGGAGCCGCGGGUCUUGCCAUAUCACCCAGCACAGCCCGGCCAGGCUACCAAAAAGGCCGUCAGGACCCGCUACAUCAGCACGGAGCUGGGCAUCAGGCAGAGGCUGCUUGUGGCGGUGCUGACCUCACAGGCCACAUUACCCACGCUGGCCGUGGCCGUGAACCGCACGCUAGGGCACCGGCUAGAGCGCGUGGUGUUCUUGACUGGUGCUCGGGGCCGCCGGGUACCACCAGGCAUGGCCGUGGUGACCCUGGGUGAGGAGCGGCCCAUCGGGCACCUACACCUGGCGCUCCGCCACCUGCUAGAUCAGCACGGCGACGACUUUGACUGGUUCUUCUUAGUGCCUGACACCACCUACACGGAAGCGCACGGACUCUCGCGCCUCGUUGGCCGCCUCAGCCUGGCUGCUUCUGCUCACCUCUACAUGGGCCGGCCCCAGGACUUCAUCGGCGGGGAGUCCUCCCCAGGCCGCUUCUGCCACGGCGGCUUUGGCGUGCUGCUGUCCCGAACGCUGCUGCAGCAGCUGCGCCCCCACCUGGAAAGCUGUCGCAAUGAUAUCGUCAGCGCGCACCCGGACGAGUGGCUGGGGCGCUGCAUCCUGGACGCAACCGGCGUGGGCUGUAUUGGAGACCACGAGGGGGUACAUUAUAGCUACCUGGAGCUGAGCCCUGGGGAGCCGGUGCAGGAGGGGGACCCUCGUUUCCGCAACACCCUGACAACCCACCCUGUGAGGGACCCUGUGCACUUGUACCAGCUGCACAAGGCCUUUGCUCGAGCGGAGCUGGAGCGCACAUACCAGGAGAUCCAGGAGCUGCAGCGGGAGAUCCAGAACACCAGCCGCCUGGCAGCUGAUGGCGAGCGGGCUGCUGCUUGGCCCGUGGGCAUCCCCGCACCCUCCCGCCCUGCCUCCCGAUUCGAGGUGCUACGCUGGGAAUAUUUCACGGAGCAGCAUGCCUUCUCCUGUGCUGACGGUUCACCACGCUGCCCGCUGAGGGGGGCUGACCGAGCCGAUGUGGCUGACAUUCUCAGCGCAGCCCUGGAGGAACUCAACCGCCGCUACCACCCGGCCCUGCAGCUCCAAAAGCAGCAAUUGGUCAACGGCUACCGACGCUUCGAUCCCGCCCGGGGCAUGGAAUACACGCUGGACCUGCAGCUGGAGGCGCUGACCCCCCAGGGUGGCCGCUGGCCCCUCACCCACCGGGUGCAACUACUCCGGCCACUGAGCCGUGUGGAAAUCCUGCCCGUGCCCUAUGUCACCGAGGCCUCCCGUCUCACUGUGCUGCUGCCGCUGGCUGCUGCCGAGCGUGACCUGGCCCCAGGCUUCCUGGAGGCCUUCGCAGCUGCAGCCCUGGAGCCUGGCGACGCCACGGCCGCCCUGACCCUGCUGCUGCUGUAUGAGCCGCGCCAGGCCCAGCGGGCAGCCCACGCUGACAUCUUUGCCCCCGUCAAAGCCCACGUGGCAGAGCUGGAGCGGCGGUUCCCUGGCGCCCGGGUGCCCUGGCUUAGCGUGCAGACAGCAGCGCCCUCCCCGCUGCGCCUUAUGGACCUGUUGUCCAAGAAGCACCCGCUGGACACGCUGUUCCUGCUGGCCGGGCCAGACACGGUGCUCACGGCAGACUUCCUGAACCGCUGCCGCAUGCACGCCAUCUCGGGCUGGCAGGCCUUCUUCCCCAUGCACUUCCAGGCCUUCCACCCCACUGUGGCCCCGCCGCAGGGCCCCGGGCCACUGGAGCUGGGCCGAGACACGGGCCGCUUCGAUCGCCAGGCGGCCAGCGAGGCCUGCUUCUACAACUCGGACUAUGUGACAGCCCGCGGGCGGCUGGCGGCCACCCCGGAGCAAGAGGAGGAGCUGCUGGAGAGCCUGGACGCUUACGAGCUGUUCCUGCGCUUUUCCAGCUUGCACGUGCUCCGCGCGGUAGAGCCCGCGCUGCUGCAGAGGUACCGGGCCCAGCCUUGCAGCGCCCAGCUCAGCGAGGACCUGUACCACCGCUGCCGCCAGAGCACGCUGGAGGGCCUGGGCUCCCGCACCCAGCUGGCCAUGCUCCUCUUCGAGCAGGAGCAGGGCAACAGCACCUGACCCCGCCCGCCCACACCUGGCCAGCAUCCCGGAGCACCCCUCAACCUGCCCAACAGCCUCGCCAGUGGGGCUCAAGCCUCAGACCGCAAGGUGGCCCUGAGCCCUGUCUGGCUUUGUGAGUCUCUGGGCUCAGGACAAACCCUGGAGACCCAGCCUCCCGUUCCCACCCCCUUGACGCUGCUGAUUGGGGCUGUGGCCUUGCAGUUCAGUCUGCCUGACGCCAGUCCACCUCCUGGGGGGGUCCCCAGGGAGCUGGGCUGCAGAUAAGUUGUUGGGGGAGGAGGAGGGUGGCCCUCUGACUGAUGGAACUCCUUGCCUUGAAUAAACAGGCUGAGCGAGAA